AUGGUCUGUCAAAGUUUUCAAUUUACUCAUGCUUGGCGCGGCAUCCCGGCUCAGCCCAUCCUGAACGGCUUCUGCGGCGAGUGGGAGGUCCCCGAAGACACUCCGCUCUCCACCUACUCCACCACCACCCCGACCUCCACCACCACCAUCAUGACCACCACAGCCUCACCGCCACCCACGACCACAUCGCAGACCACCACCCCCACAUCCCCUACGACCACAACCACCACAGUCACGGUCACCACCACCGCAACGACAACCACACCCGCUACACAGCCUUCCACAUCCCCGCCCUCGACGUCCACAACCACAGCCCAGAGCCAGGAACCACAGACAAACACAGAAGCUCCUCCACCGCCCCCGCCUGCAGCUGAAGUCCCUGCAGAAGGUGGCGGUUCCCCGGACGUCGCGAACCCCCCAACCACUGCAGCGCCUCCUUCAGCCACCCCGGCUCCUCCCGCGGAAAAGGAGGGAGUCCCCGCAGCGGAAGCGACGCUGGUGGAGUCCGUGGAGGCACCCGCGGAGGAGCCAGCGGUGGGCUCGUAG